AACUCCUGCUAAGCCAGAGGAAUUGCCUGAGACGUGCAGGGAAAUUGUAAUAGAGUACUCAAAUCAUGUGAUGAAAUUGGGCUGCAAUUUGCUUGAGUUAUUAUCAGAAGGUCUUGGUCUCAAACCUAAUCAUCUCAAAGAAAUGGACUGUGCUGAGGGACUUGGCAUUUUGUGUAAUUAUUAUCCAGCAUGUCCACAACCAGAACUUGCAAUAGGCACAAGCAGACAUGCAGAUAAUGAUUUUUUCACAGUACUUCUACAAGAUGAUUUUGGAGGACUUCAAGUUUUUCACCAAAAUCAUUGGGUUGAUGUUCCUCCUACCCCUGGAGCUUUAGUUAUCAAUAUUGGUGACAUUCUCCAGGCAAGUCUUUUGUAUUCUUUAUAUUUCUUGACCUUUAUUUUAGGGGUCACCUGUUGUACGAAGCAUCCCGCGUUCACGCAGGGUCCAAGAAGGGUUGUACCUUAAGGGGAUGCGACGGAGACAGGCUACCCUGAUGCAAGUAUCAGUGGCUAAUUCUACGGCUCGAACCAGGAACCAAUAGCUCAAACGGAGAUAAUUUUACUGUUGCUCCAAGACUCCCCUUCACUUCUUGACCUUAUGUUUACGCAUUAAUUUUACGGAUAGUCAUCAAACUUUUAAUUUA